AUGGAGGCCAACCAAUCACAGAUCGCAGAAUUCAUCCUGGUGGGAUUCCAGCUCAGUGAAGACCUGGAGUUGCUCCUCUUUGGUAUCUUCUCCCUGUUAUAUACGUUCAACUUGCUGGCAAAUGGCAUGAUCUUGGAACUCAUUUGCUUUGACCCCAGGCUGCACUCCCCCAUGUACUUCUUCCUUUCCCACUUGGCCCUCAUUGACAUAUUCUAUGCUUCCAGCAAUUUGCCCAAUCUGCUGGCAAAUCUAAUGCUUCUCAUAUUCAGUUUUGGUUCUGUGGAGUGUCUGAUUUUGUUGGCGAUGUCCUAUGACAGGUAUGUGGCGAUCUGCCAUCCCCUCCAGUACACCGUCAUCAUGAACUGGAGAGCGUGCUCCAUCCUGGCCAUUGCUUGCUGGGUGUGUGGAUUUGCCCUGGCCCUGGUCCAAGUAAUUCUCUUGUUAAGAUUACCCUUCUGUGGCCCCCAGAAGGUGAACCACUUCUUCUGUGAAAUUCGCUCUGUCCUCAAAUUGGCCUGUGGUGACAUCUGGAUCAAUGAGAUGUUCCUCUUUGCGGAUGGCGUUCUUAUCUUAGUUGGGCCUCUUGCCCUGAUGUUGGUCUCCUAUAUGCGUAUUCUCUGGGCCAUCCUGAAGAUCCGGUCAAAGGAGGGCCGCAAGAAAGCCUUCUCCACCUGCUCCUCCCACCUCUGUGUGGUUGGGUUCUACUUUGGCUUAGCCGUGAUCGUUUACAUGGUUCCUGACAACAGUCAACGAGAAGAACACCUGAAGAUCCUUUUCCUGUUUUAUGCUCUUUUCAACCCAUUGCUGAACCCUCUUGUCUACAGUGUACGGAAUGCUCAAGUGAAGGCUGCCUUCCACAGAGUAGUGCAGAAAAGGAGGACAGUGUGA